UUUAAUAAUUUGAAUAAAAAUUAUAAUUUACACUCAAUACGUUAUUACUGCAUAUACUGUUUCAUAAUUUACUAUAAUACUGAGGUGCAGAUAAUUGCCACUAUUUGCAAUAAGUAGUAUAAAUAGCAGAAAAUCCUGCUAUUUUAAGUGUAAACAAUCUAUCGCUAUCUGCACUUAGUGUAAAUAGAAUCUAUUGCUAAGAAAAUAUGCUAUUUUCACUUAGUGUAAAGCAUCUAAUUAACCUCUUUCGCUAUUUACGCUUAGUGCAAAUAGCCUCUGCCUUUAUUUAUUUGUAAGACAUAAGCCAAACUGAGCUGGAGGACUGCAUGCAGGUGAUGUAUUUCGAGGCAUUUGCUGGACACAGCGAACAGGUGGAGGAAACACCCUGGAGGACUGAAGACGUCAAUGAUCAGACUUUCACAUUUGCCACAAGAGGGAGAGAGAAGACGCUGAUGUGUGUGAAGGACUGGCGAGAUGCACACAUCUUCAUGUGAAUUACACAGAGGAGACUGAUGAAGCAUCUCACACCAGCGACGAUGACACGCAGCUCUCAACUCCUGCAAGUCGAUAAGAACAUUCCUGUAUCUUGACCACUGACUGCCAGAAAAAGAUUUGGCCACUUACAACAGCAGACACCCAUCAGAGCUCUUCGGCUCCUCUCGAUCCUCUGCCAUGGAGGACGCAAACAUCACUCACUUGGCGGCCGUGUUCGUGAACCCUCAUGGCCUGGUGCCCGUUCUGGACGUUCACGACACAUACACAGACUUCUACGACAUGGACUAUGGCGUUCCUGCAGAGGAGAUGCCGGACACCACGCAGGGCCUGGCCUACUUCGUGGCCACCAUCGUCAUCGGAGCCGUGCUCGUCUGCAUCAUGCUGGUGUGCGGCUUUGGCAACUUCCUCUUCAUAGCCACUCUGGCUCGAUACAAGAAACUCAGGAACCUCACCAACCUGCUGAUCGCCAACCUGGCCAUCUCCGACUUCAUAGUGGCUGUGGUCUGCUGCCCUUUCUUGGUGGAUUAUUACGUGGUCAAGCAGCUCUCCUGGGAUCAUGGGAAAGUGCUGUGUGCCUCCGUCAACUACCUCAGGACUGUGUCUCUCCAUGUGUCCACCAAUGCCUUGCUGGCCAUCGCCGUUGACAGGUACAUGGCCAUCGCUCAUCCCUUGAGGCCCAGAAUGAAGCACCAGACUGCAUACUGCCUCAUAACAGGGGUGUGGAUCGUCCCGGUGCUCAUUUCCAUUCCCUCUGCGUACUUCGCCUCCUCGACCAAAGUCCCCCACGGAGCCAACCACAGCAAGACCUUCUGUGCCCAGAUCUGGACGGUGGACCAGCAGCUGUACUACCGCUCUUACUUCUUGUUCAUCUUCGCCGUGGAGUUUGUGGGGCCUGUGUUCAUCAUGGCCCUGUGCUACUUGCGCAUCUCCAGAGAGCUCUGGUUCAAGAGCGUGCCGGGUUUCCAAACUGAGCAGAUCCGCAAACGCCUGCGCUGCCGCAGGAAGACGGUCAUGGUGCUAAUCGGCAUUCUCACAGCGUACAUCCUCUGCUGGGCUCCUUACUACGGCUACACCAUCCUGCGCGAUUUCCACCCCACGCUCAUCUCCCGCGAGAGGAACUCUCUGGUGGCGUUCUACAUUAUCGAGUGCAUCGCCAUGAGCAACAGCAUGAUCAACACGUUCUGCUUCGUCAGUGUAAAGAACAACACCGUCAAAUACUUCAAGAGGAUCGUUCUCCUCCGCUGGAAAUCCACCUACACCUCCAGGAAGAGCGCAGACGAGACAGACAUCAAUCCCCACCUCACCGAAGGUAGAAAGGGAGCCGAGCUGACCCAUAUUACAGAUGAUUAGAGAGUACUGAUAAUGCUGCUUCUGGGCAUUACUCUAUAGAUGAAUACCACCUUUUUUCCUUGUCAAAUGUGCCAUUUUCAUACUUUUUAUGUAUAUGUGUUUAUGAUACAGCACAAAUGAUCAUUUCAGUUGUUUUGCACGAGUGAAUUAGCUACUCAUCCCUUAAAGCUUUGAGAAUGACAAAGCAAUGGUACAAUAGAACUACUGACUUACAGUUAUUGAUUAUAAAUAUCGAUUUUAUUUUUUCUUUGUAAAAUAUUUAGAUACAAUUAUUUAAGCAUGUGUUCGGAGACUCAACAACAUUCAUGAUGCUUUGUGAGAGUAGCUCGGUAUGCUGACCUUUUAAUUGCAAAUCUAUGUUGUUAAAGCUUUUUCUGAUGGAGGGUUUAUUCUGGAUUAUGAGUAGUGCAGUAAUUUACAUUAUUGUUUAAACACUUUCAUGUGAUAUUGUUAAAAAUCUGUUUCUCUAUGAAGAAAAUGAGUGGAUUUUUUUACUUCAGAACGCUUUCUCUGCAGUUUUUGUAGAAAUAUAUUUAUGACCUCAUUGAACAACCACUCAUUAAUUUCCUGUUACAUAAUAUAGAUUAUUUAAAUACUGAUUCUAGUCUGAUUAGUGAGGUUCUUUAUCAGUCAGUGUUUUAUAUGUGAAAGUUUAUUUUUCCUUGGUUCCAAAAAUGUGGUCAUUUGCUGUCGUUUGUGUUGGUUAAUACAGUAUCUGCAUGCAUUCUAGCCAAAUAAAGUAAAA